UUUCUUUUUCCAAUCACACGUGUAUCUGAUACGUAACAGACAAUAGUGAAUACGUUUUGUUGUAUGAUAUUCAUAAAAACUUUGAUGCAUAAAGUAUUUUUAACUGUCAGUUCAGUACUGACACUAUGUACUUUUGGAACAACACAAUCUUCAGAUGGCGAAUGUGCAUUACAUUUAACUGAUCCAGGAAGGACUAGUUUUUUUGAUUUUAAUACUAAUACAUUAAGAGGUGGUCCACUAGGUAUGGGUCAACCAGGUCAAUGUAUCACUUAUGAAGCAGUAAAUCAAGCAUAUGCAGAUGCUAGAAAAAGAAUAAGUAUUGCACAAACAAAUAAAGACAAGUGGACGGCUCAGGAAUUGGCAUCUGUCGGUGAACUAUUGUUGGAUAUAUCCAUACAAUUGACUAAAAAUUAUGGACUUUCGUACGAAGAAGUAGAAAAGGGAUUACCUCAAAUAGAUACGUCGAGAACUUUGAUCAGAGAGGUGUGUCCUGCGUUCUUGUCAAAUGUCGAGUGCAGACCGGGAAAGUACAGGAGAUAUGAUGGUCUGUGUAAUAACGCUAAGCAUCCGACGUGGGGAGCUACCAAUACACCUUUUUCGAGACUUGUCGGACCAUUGUUUUCUGACGGCAUGAGUGGACCAAAAGUCAGCACUCUCAACAAUCGAGAACUACCGACAGCUAGAGUGGUCUCCAUGACAAUGCACCCUGACGAGGGAUACCAUGAGCACGCGGCUACCGUUAUGUUGGUCGCUUUUGGUCAGUUUAUGGAUCACGAUUUCACACUCAUGGGAACGCCUGCUGAUCCAAUUACAAAGAAUGAACCAGAAGAAUGCUGUAAUCGACCUCCACAUUUAAAAAAUCCUUACUGUAACGAAAUACCUGUUCCUGAUAAUGAUUACUUUUACAGUAAAUUCAAUGUUAAAUGCAUCGAUUUCGUAAGAGCUUUUCCAUCAGUUAGACCAGGGUGUCGUUUAGGAUCAAGGGUACCAUUCAACACAUUGACAGGAGUAAUUGACGCAAAUACAGUUUACAGCGUGACUGAUGAUUACGCUAGGCAUUUAAGAUCUGGUUAUGGAGGCUUACUUCGUAUGAACUCAGUGUUUGUUAAUUACGGGCUAAAAGAUUUGUUACCGUUGAGACUUAAAGAUCCAGACGAAGGAUGCACUAGAUUGAACAGUUCUCAAUAUUGUUUUGAUGCCGGAGAAGUUCGAGUAAAUGAACAACUCGUACUUGCUACUAUGCAUAUAAUAUGGGCUAGAGAGCACAAUAGAAUAGCGAAAGAAUUUGGUAAAAUUAAUCCACAUUGGGAUGAUGAAACCAUUUUCCAAGAAGCUAGACGAAUCGUUAUAGCAGAAAUUCAGCACAUCACUUAUAACGAGUUCUUGCCUACACUACUUGGAAAAGGAGUUAUGGAAAAAUUCGGACUACUGUUACAAAAAGAAGGCUAUUGGGAUGGUUAUGACCCGAAUGUUAAUCCCAACAUCCUAUCCGAGUUUUCCGCAGCAGCUCUCAGAAUUGGUCACACAUUUUUGCCAACUUCAGUUGAAAGGUGGAGCAGAUCUCACAAAUUCAUUGCUUCCAAAAAAUUAUCCGAUCUCAUCCGCCGUCCAUACGAUUUGUAUAGAGCUGGAGUUCUCGAUGAGUAUAUAAUGGGUUUGACUAAUCAAGUAGCUCAAGCUAUGGAUGAUUCAAUAACACAGGAAGUUACAAAUACGUUGUUCAAGAAACCUGGUAAUAGGUUUGGAGUAGACUUAGUAUCAUUUAAUAUCCAAAGAGGCAGAGACUUUGGUUUGCCUGGAUUUAUGGAAUACAGAAAGUUUUGUGGCUUACCAGCGUCUAACUUAUUUCAAAGUUUAUCCGGAGAUAUGCCUAACUCCACUAUUCAUCGAUAUUCAACAAUAUACGACUCUCCAGAAGAUGUAGAUUUAUGGUCUGGCGGUGUAUCCGAAAAACCAUUACCAGGAAGCAUGGCAGGUCCGGUUUUUUCUUGUAUUUUGGCUACUCAAUUUAGUUAUGCCAGAAGAGGUGAUCGUUUUUGGUAUGAACUGCCAAAUCAACCAUCUUCGUUUACUCCAGAUCAAUUACACGAAAUCCGAAAAACAGGAUUAGCUCGAGUGUUGUGCGACAAUUCUGAUUUGAUCGACACUAUUCAGUUGUGGCCAAUUGUUCUACCUGACCAUGAAAUAAAUCCUAGGGUACCUUGUCGUAGCGGAAUUAUUCCAUCAUUAAAUCUAAACAAAUGGGCCGAUUUCCCAACGACCUCGUAAAAUAUAAUACAACCACGUAUAUUUUAGAUCAAACACUACCUAUACAAAGCGAUAUUUUAAUGAUACAUUUUCUUAAAUAAAAAGAGAGUUUUGUGAUCGUUACAUAUUAUAAACGAAUUUAUGUCAUUUUAUAAUAAAUUAAUAUAUUUAUAGACUGAAACAUUUAUUUUCCUGAAAAUUUGUCAAUUUAUUAAAUUUUUUUAUUGUUAUUAAAUAUAAAAAAACUAAUAUAAUUUAGGUAUUGUUAGAAAUAGGAUUCUUAUUACUUUAGUAUUUUAGUUUUUAUCAUUACUAUUCCCGCAAUGCUAA